AUGGCUUCUACAACUAAGGCCGUUCAGACGUUCGGCAAAAAGAAGACCGCGACCGCUGUCGCGCACUGCAAGGAGGGCCGUGGCUUGAUCCGCAUCAACUCCUCACCCAUCAACCUCGUCCAGCCUGAAAUCCUCCGCUUCAAGAUUUAUGAGCCCAUCCUUGUAGUUGGCGAGGAGGCAUUUGGUCUCGUUGACAUCCGUGUCCGUGUCAAGGGAGGAGGACACACCUCUCAGAUUUACGCUAUCCGGCAAGCGAUUGCCAAGGCCCUCGUUGCUUGGUACGCCAAGUACGUUGACGCCUACAGCGCGAUGGAGUUGAAGAAGAAGCUUGUUGCCUAUGACCGGACACUACUCAUUGCGGACCCGAGACGGAUGGAGCCCAAGAAGUUCGGUGGACAGGGUGCGCGUGCUCGCAGGCAGAAGAGUUACCGUUAA